AAUUUAGACUGGUGCUAGACGUGUAAUAAACGCAUCCAAAUAGCAAUGGAUAUGUCAAGGCCUAUCAUCAGUGAGCCAUGGAUUGCUAUCGCUUUUCAUCAGCGAUGAUAUUCUUGCUCUUUGCGGCUUUCUUUGCGUGGAUUGUGAUCACUUAUCUCAACAGACGACUGUUCGGAGCUCUGAACGAUCUCAUGGAAAAGACUGACUUUUAAGAUGGACCCACAAGCUGACAUGGACAGUGUGGAAGUGGAUUCUGGUGGGGCUAGCACAGCCAGCCCCACCCAACCGAUGGCAGAGAAGGUGGACACUUGCCUCCAGGCACUGGAGAGGGCUAGCUCUGACAAUGAGGUCUUUGCUGCCCUCCUGUUGGUGGCCAACGUCGUUCAAGCAGAGACGACGGAUGCUGCAACCAGAAAGAGAAUUUUUGAUGCAGUAGGGUUCCAGUUCAUCAACAGACUUCUCAAAGCAGCUGCUAAGCCGGAAAAAAAGGAAAGCGGCACGUACCGCAGUCUGGCCGUCACUCUACUGGGUUGCUUUAGUACGUCGCCAGAGUUAGCCGGUCACUCACAGAUGGUCAGCAAGAUACCGGUGCUGAUUGAAGUCAUCCAGGGCGCCAGGGCAUCGCUUCAGGAUGAAGAGAAGCAGACAGUCGACGAUGCCUAUCAGAUACUGGUUACCAUGGCGAUGGAGGAGUCACCAAGGAAGGCCCUGUGUUGUCCGGAGGUCAUCUCUGUCUUGUGUGGGACAAUGGAGGGCAGGUUUUAUGGCUGCGAUAGAGCCGAAGAGCUUUUAUUGUUGUUACUUCACCACUGUGGCCAACACGUUUGGAGACUCAACAAACCACAAAUAGAUUCGUUGGUCCACAAAUUAGCCAGCCAGUUCAAAGAGUGCCAGGAUGAGUCAAAGUUCCAAGUGUGCGAAGUUCUGGCGCGACUACUUUUUGCAUGCAGUUCAGUCCCUAUGGAGCAAUCAGAAUGGAGCCAGCUGGUUUUCAAAGGCGUCAGUGAUAUUUUAAUGAGCAAAGUUGCCGAGAAGCAGCGGGACCCGGCGCUGCGGCUGGCAUCGCUCAUGGUCGGCCACUUCGGUAUGAGCUGGGCCCUGGGCCCCGGUCACGCGGACAAGAAAUUCCUGCUGCUGCUGAUCCACAUGGCCUGCGUGGAGACCAGGAUGGCCCUGGAAAGCCCCGACCACCAAUAUACAUCUUCCAAGGAGUCAGUGCUGGUGUCUUGCUUCAGUCUCUUGGAGCAGUGCAUUGAGUACUUGACCUGUGGCCCCACGCUGGACCUCGAUGACAGACAGGUAGUGCAGCUGCACACCGCCAUGACGGGUGCAUUCGGCGCCGUUAUGCACUACUUACAGGGAGCACAGUUUGACAAGUCCUGGCCUGAUCAGCCAUUAGUAGUCGCUGCCGUCAGAGUUCUGUGCGUGUGGUUAGCCGAGGAGACCACGGCUCUCAAGGACCAGGUCUACCAGCUCUUGCCCUUCCUCAUCAAAGUCGUUGAAAAGUCCUUCAGGGAGGUCUCCAAUUCUAAACACCUGGCCAGUGUUGCAGCAGCAUCCACUGCACCUCAGAGCCUAAGGAGUUUUGCCUCCACAGACCUUCUGCGUCUGCUUCUACCAGCCCUGUGCCACCUCACAGCCGAGGACGAGCCGAGGGCCAGGCUGGUAGAGGAGGGAGGGAUAGAGCUGCUUGGGGAGUGCUUCAGCUAUCACUGGAAGAGGUUUGUGGAUGGUGACGAGGAUGGGGAUUCCGAGAUUGCCUUGACAACGCUUUGCAGUGUCUUCCUGAAUGUGACCCUCCAGGAUGCAGAGGCCGUGCAGAGACACUCGACGGUCUUCAAGGAGCUGCUGUGUCUACUAGCAUCUGCCCUGGCCCACACAGUUGUUAAGACAGAGCAUCUCAUUCUGUCGUUCAACUUUGCUGUUCUCGGAUUAACCCUACUCAGAACAUUGGCAAACCAUACAGAUGUCCAGAAUUUGUCGGCAAUCAAGAAAUUUGUUGGCCGGACGCUGGACCUGUUCAAAGCCUCCUUCCAGGUCACCGGUGACAACGUGCAUGAAGUAUGUGAGGCAUACCAGCCAUACUGGGCCGACGUAAAUGAACUGUGGCUUCUCGGCAUACAAGUGUUAUCCGAGUGUCUGAUUUGCAUACCCUGGCUUCCAUCCACGUGUCUCCAGAGCGGCUAUUUGCAGCACAUCAUCGGGCUGCUCAAGAUUGUUGUCGCUGAAACAGUGGAGGAGGAGACUAUUAUUGUGUACAGCGCCCUCUUGGGGUCAGUUGCAAAGACCGAAGUGGCCCCCCAGCUGAAGCAGAUGGGAGCAGUGGACAUUGCCAGGAAGUUUAAAAUGGAAGAGCUUUCAGUGAGUUUGCAGGUGGACCCCAGGUGAUGGAUUGGACCCAGACUAUGGAUGAACAGAUGCACAGUGCCUAGUUACAUACAAGGGGCCUGUCUGGCCUAGGUCACAAAACCCAUUCGUGAGUACUGUGGUGCUUUUAUCCUUCAGCAAGCUACUUUACUGCAAUUGCCUCUUUCCACCCAAGUGUAUAAAUUAAAAUGGGUGUCUGUGAGGAGAAAGAACGGACUGCACAGAUUGCAGGCUGCUGUGGAAAAUAUAUCUCAUGGCCUGAUGAGCAGGGGUAAUAAUCCUCUGUGCAUAUUAAAACUGCUAUAUUAGAAUAACUUAACACACCCAGUAACAUGAGCACCCAUCAAUUUUGUAAGAUACCCAGAGAAAGGAGGACCGUCAUUGUAUUAGACCAAGAUUUCUCUGGAGUUUGCAUAGUCCACCUACUAUUGUGUAAUUCAACAACCAGAAUUAGAAGCCAUAACUGCGAUGGCGCAAUGCUCGUGGACAGGUGGUGCGCAUGCAUCAAAUGCCUCUUCGACCAGUAGGGUGUCGUGAUUUGCCAAUUUGCCGCAUGUCAAGCUGACGGAUGUGCGCAUUAGUGUCAGUGCCACUGCACUUUUAGCAUCUUGUCGGAUUAGUCUGUAGCAGUUAAACCACGCAAAUUUUGCAAACUCCAAACCCAAGAACUAGUUAUUUUUGUGUACCAGUUCUAUAUGAGACCUCCAUCAGCUUAAAGCACUACCCACUGGGGGCGCUAAUAGUCCACUCCAUGGAAUCGACAUGGAAUUCCCUGUGGCCCUGCUGUUGCUGUGUUGUGAAUGCCCGCACUGGUUCUACACGCAGAGUACCAGCAUCUCUGGUACAUCAGGACAAAAGUGUAACUCGGCAGAUUUCAAACCAUAAAAUGUAAAGUAAUUCAAAAGAGGACACGAUAAUAAUUAAUCCAAUUUAUGGAUAACACAGCACGUGGUCUUCUGUAAAAUUGUUGGUAAUGGUGUCCUUUUUGAUGGUUUUACUCAUGCAUGUACAAGUUGUGUUAUUGUAACAAGUUGGAAAAGAGUGAAUUCCUCACAGAAAUUAACUGUUGGAAAUUGACGAACCACAGAAUAUGCUAAGAGGUCUUACAAUACAAGUUAACAAAAUACUAUGUACAUACAUUUUAUAGGAUGGCAACUAAAAAAUUUUAAAAAUUUAAGACUGAACAGUCUGGCUUUUAGCUUGUGAUUAUGUUAGCUUGGGUCGUCAGUAAUGAUUCUGGCUCUGUGGACAAACCUGCCCUAAAAAUGGCGUUUAAGUGAGAACAGGUUUUUUUUAUCAGACGAUGGUAGCUGCGAGUCCAAUGUGUAUACGCGCUCACCUCACAAGAACACAUAGGCCGAGUUUGGGCGGCUUGUUCUCGUAUGUUCACGAACAGCUCAAUUUGUUGUACUUGGGUCAGCCACUUAAACGCCGGGAAUGUACAACAUUCUUCCAACAUUUUGAGGUUCACCAGACUUUAUUUACAGCUUAAAGCUUUCACCAAUAUACUUAAUAUACUCAAACUCGGACCAGUGAGUGGAGGACCAAAGAAUUAGCCCAUCCACCUCAAGCAAAAGCACCUAUAUCGUUUAAUGUCCUAUCAUAAGAUCAAGCAUUAAUUGAGCCAGACAGUUCUUGGACCAGUUUACUGCUGUGUAAAUUAUUGUAAACAUAAAAUGUAGCUCUGAUUUUACCCGUUCGGUAGAAGAAAUUUGCCAGAUCAGGCCAAAACUUUCCCCCUCUUCCUUUUACCACCUUCCAUCAGCGCAAGUGUGAAUGUUUCAAACUGUACAUGUAUUUCAUUGUGUGAAAUAAACAUUAAACCAAUGGCAAGUCAUCAAUUACA